CGUGUCUUAAACGGGGAUAAGUCCGGACAAGACACGCGCAAAUAGUUGAGUAAAAACACUGAAAUACGAGGAGGGAGAGAUUUACCAUAUGACAUUUCAAACAUCACCGUAAUGGUGGAUUAAUAUCACAUUUUGAGAAUUUCUAUAGGUGUCCGGUGCAUCGCUUAUUUUCAAGCGCGUGCGUGAUUGUGUCACGUGAACGUGGUCAUGGAGCAGGAAGGAGACUGGGACGGCAUCAGCGACUCGGAGCUGCUGGAGAUCCAGUCCGAGCACUUCUGCAGCGAAGAAUCCUCUCAGUUACCCAGCUCUAGUGCCACAAGUGGAGACACCCAGAGUAAUAGUCCCAUCACUUUCACAGCAUCACUGCACACCACUGUGGAGAAGUUAAAGCAGAGUCCUGUUAAAAGAAAUGAGGAGACGGGUGUGAAGAGGAAGAGAGAUGCUGAGGACAGCCGUAUCCCUCCUCUGCGUUUCAGGAAGCUCCACCUGAGCGUCAGCCUGCUGUCUGAACAGACCUGGUGUGAGAAGAAAGUUGUGUAUGGCUUCCUGAAACCCCAAAUCAGGAGAAAAGAAAAACAGCGAAUUGAGUUGCAGACCGGAACUAGCAUUCAUCUGGCAAGAGAGUUGGAGGUCCAUGAUGUCGUACCGAUUAAUAUUCAAACCCAUGAGGAUGCUGUGGCCAUUAGUCUGAUCAACAUGUUACACAUGAUUCCAAGUUUAGAGUCAGGGCAGUGUGUGCGUGAGUUUCCAGUGUUCGGUAUAGUAGAAGGUGUGUAUCUUAAGGGCAUCAUUGAUGAGCUGAGUUAUAACCAGAAGGGGGAGCUGGUGUUGAAGGAUCUGAAGACUCGCAAGCACGACUCUCUGCCUGGUGCUGCCCAGGCUCUCGGCCAUCGCUUUCAGGUGGGCUUGUAUAAGCUUCUCUUUGAUGCACUGGUCAGGGGGGAAGUGAAGAAAGAGCACAUUCUGGAGCACCUCAAACUCAGAGCCUCCCUGGCUCUUGGAACUGAGGUCAUAACUCAUGCUGCAAACGUCAGGAUAAAUGUAGUCACCUUUGGUGAACUCCUGGAUGCUUUCCUCCUCACUUUGUCCUGUUCUGAUCUGCCAUGUGUCGAUGUGCUCCAGCUGGAGUACUGUCACCAGGGCUCUAGCAGCUUCAUUGGCACUGUGUUGGUUCAGUUUGAUGAGUCCCAGCUGAGGGCAGAGCUUCGGGGAUUCCUGGAAUACUGGAGAGGACUGAGAGAACCCAAGGGGGUGGAUAUAGAGGAGGCCUGGAAAUGCACAUUGUGUCCCUAUGAGGAGAUCUGUGACUGGCGAAAAAACAUAUCUCAGGUCCCUGAGAGUCUUCACACCAGGAAGAGAGUCAACAUGAACUGACAUGCAGUUAUUUGUUUCGGGCAGCUAUGCUAAUGGCAUUAACCUGUGCCUGUGACUAAUUAUUAUAACUACCUAUUUUAUUUUUAUUGUGAGGUUGAAAUCUAUCUAUCUAUCUAUCUAUCUAUUUUUAUAUAUAUGUGUGUGCGUGUGUGUGUGUAUUUUUAGUAAGUAUAAUCUGUUAAUCUCAAAUAUCGAAAAUUUUUAAUUACAAUUUUAAUGAAAAAUAUAAUGUAGUAAUUUUUUUACAAAGAUUAUUUAAAACAUUAAUGAGAGAGGCUGUUAAACCAGGUUCAUUAUUUUAAUUUAUGUGUGGCAUGAUCUAACCUUGAUCUGAGUAAUCAUGACAAAUAAAGCCAGUCUUAUAAUAAACACCCUGUAGAUUACCGUUCGAUUAAAACUUUUGCAUCAGA